AUGGCGGACAUGAAGAAUGGUAUUUCGGAGGAAAUGGAGAGGGACGAGUGGAGAAAGCGAAUAAAGUCUUUCGUGACAAAAGUCUACUCGAAGUCGCUCCCAAAUAUGAUCUUUUCCGUCAUUGGGGACUCUGACAACUUGAUUCCAAAGCCCUGGCCAAGAUCACGCCUUCAGCAGUCUUUGACCUAUGCAGCAAAGGCCGCAGGGAAUUGCUUGAUACUGAGUAAAGGAGAGUCCCUUAAAGUCUCCAGAAUAGUCCGUGAGAUGAUGGAAGAAUAUAUCUACCUAGAAAAACCUGCAAAAUCUAAUCUCAGACUGAUAUCCGUCCCUUCUAAGCAUAUGGAGGACAAUAGUCUGUACUUUGAUUUACCAGAGGUCGCAGAGGUCGAGGAGAAACAGAGUAAAGAGGAUCAGAACAAUGAGGAAAAGAACCAAGAUGAGGAGGAAGAGAGAUUUGAGGUUGACGGUUUCUUUUACAAACUCAUUGCCGACUCUGCGGAUGAAGAUUAUAUUGAGUUUAGGUUUGAGCUAGAGAGGACUUUGGAGAUGCCGGAAGAUGAAGAAAGGGUGGCCUUAGCCAUUAUUCUAGUGGAGGGAGAUUUGUCGACUGUGGAUCAUGUAAAAUUAGCCACUGAGAGUGGAAUACCAGUCGUGUUAGUCAAAGGAACAGGCGGGUUGGCAGAUCUCCUGUCGAUUUCUAUGGAUCUGUUAAAUGACGGAAAGGAUAUGGAAUUAAGAACACUGCUUCCAACUUUAUUUGGGAUUGAUCUGGAUGACACUGAUCAUGAGAUUGAAGAACUGGAAAAAACUUUGAGAACUAUUUUUGAAAGCUCUUACUUAAUAGAUUCCUUCGACCUUCUUGAAAAAAAUGAGGAACAAUUCGCGGCUGUUGUGGGUGAACUGGUGCAGAAGUCCUGGUUAUUAGAAACAGGUCCCAGUAAGAAGCAAAGUAACAAAAAUAGCAGACAAGUAAAGAAUAUAAAGAACAAAGCACGAAAUCGUAAGAGCUCUUAUGCAAUGGAACAAAAUUGGAAAAGGGUGAAGAAACCGUGGCGCAUGGCAGAAGAACUCGAAACCCUCAACUUCCCAACCUUCUCUUCCCCAUUUUCACUUCCACUGGACCUCUUCUUCCGUUAUUCUAAGUUUAUUCAACUUCAGAAGGGAAAUUCCUCCUCGAAGCAAGAGGAGCAAGUUGCAAAAGAAGCACAGGAUUUGCUAAAUACUGCUCUACUUACCAAUAGAACAGAUUAUGUAGACGCUCUUCUGGACUUGAACUUUCAAAUGUCAUUAGAUCAAAUUGGCGAGCUGUACAAGCUUGCAUUGCCUGCAAUUUGUACAGAAAAGAGUGACUCGUCAGGAAUGCGCUGGAUUUUGAUGGAAAUGGGUGGGAAGGAAAAGCUGGCAAAGCAUCUGUUUGAAGGUGAAAAAGACUGUCACAAAAUUGCAGAGAAGAUGUGUAAACGUCUUCUUAAUUAUAUAAAAACUGAUGACCACAGAUUAUCUUUGAACUGUAAGACCACAAGAAGGAAGAAAUACGUAAAUCGACAAUAUUUCCUACAGGCGGUCCUUCUGUGGUCAUUACUUACCCACAGGACGGACAUAGCUACUCUGAUCUGGAGAAGGGUGAACAAUCAACUCUAUACAGGACUUGUGAGUGCAUUGAUUCUCGAAAAGAUGUCCACCAUAGCCAGACUGAAAGAUGAGAAGCUAGCAAUGAAGCUACAGGAACAGUCAAAAGUUUUCAGAAGUCGGGUACUAUGCAUGAUGGACAAUCUUUAUCAGACAGAUGAAAUACUUUCAUUUGAAAUUUUGGACGAAUUAGAUACUGUCUGGACUAUCCAAGCACGCCCUCUAUCAUUUGCAUAUGAGUCGAAGAUGUAUGAUGUCAUAGCCCAUCCAUGUUCGGUUGGUCUCUUGGACAAGAUAUGGUAUAAUGGUCUCAUUCCAAGCGGGACAAGAUUUUGCACAGAUUUUUUGAAACAACAUAGGGACGCCAUUCGAGCUCCUUGCCUCCACUUCGUUCUACAUUACAUUUUCUUUGGAAUCGUCCUUCUCCUAUACAGCUAUAUCGUGCUGACACCUUUGAAGAUGUACGAUGAUACGCCGACGUCUUUAAAAGUGUGUGAAUUUACCCUUUACCUUUGGACCGGACUAGAUUUCCUCAAUGACAUCGUCAGCGUUCUGGGGUUUUUUGGCAGAAGAAAGGAAACCAUGAGAAAAUGCUUAUAUAGAUUUUGCUCUCGAUUAAAUGACAUGUGGAAGGCUUUGGGGUUCGUUUGUGCCAUCCUUGUCUUCUUCACUGUGUCAUCAAGGCUGAAAUCAACUGAGACUUUCACAAUGGCCACUCGCUUCUCAGCACUUUUACUGCUGUUCUCGUAUCUUCGGUACAUGCGUGUGUUCGUCAUUCACCGAUACACGGGAAUUACCUUCGUUUUCCUAAAACAUAUGCUCCUUAAUCUGAUGCGGUUCUUAAUUACAAUUGCGUUCUUUGUGCUGGGGGUAGGAAUUUUCAUUGAGGCUCUGGUGCAUCGGAACGAGCAAGAUCUGUUCCCUGGGAAAUGGUAUGAGUGGCGGGUCUGGCGAAUCAUAUAUUAUCCAUACUACCAGUAUUAUGGAGAAGUGUUCGAUGAUUUUCUCGGCAUAGACAAACGCAACGAAGAAGUUGAUUGGAGCGUGAAAGCCGUUUUGGCAAUACAUAUGAUGGUGGGAAAUCUUCUCAUCGUGAACUUAAUUAUCGCCCUUUUUACGACAACGUAUGAAAAAGUUCUUCAGAAAUCUGGACUCAUUUGGCAGUAUGAAAGGUACCACGUGAUUCAGGACUUCAGACACAGGGCAUUUGGAAACCUUCAUUUCAUCAAUCCAUUUCCCCUAAUGAAACACUGCACUAGGAGACACGAAUAUUCUUAUGUGGAAAAGGAAUUGAAACGUGAGCGCGAACGCCAGGUUCUUCAGUAUAUCAUGGCUGGGAGAUCCCUGGAGAAAUGAGAAUGACCAACACAUAACAUUCAAACCAAUAGACCUAUGUCUCUGUGACAGGUUCAUUUUUUAAUCUGUAUAACAGUUGUCUUGAACAUGUACAUAAUUUUAUGGAACAUAAGUAUAUUUCUCCUUUCAACAAAUAAUUUUAUGCAUUUGUGAUUGAAGAUUUUUUUUUUGUUGCUCUGUC